AUGCCUGGCGACAGACUCAACAACGGCGAGUGGCUUCUCAUUGACAACAGCCUCUUCAGUGAGGAUGGUUCUGUAGAGCUUCGCAUGCAGAAAGAUGGAAAACUCGCUGUCUACCACGAUGAAAAGUGCGUCUGGCAGAAUACCGCUGAGCAGGACUGGAACAUCCACGGCGUCAAGAUGCAAGAGGAUGGCAACCUCGUCAUCUACGAUGACUCUGGUAACGGAAAGGCCACAUGGCACACCGAUACUGCUGCAGGCAAGGGCAACGACUCAACGACCCUCGUCGUGCAGAAUGAUGGCAACGUUGUUUUAUACAACACUGGUGGAGUUCCUAUCUGGGCCACAGCCAGCAACAAAUAG